AUGACAAGAUUGGACAACUCGCAGUUCCUCAAGCAGCUAAACGAGCUAGCGUCGCAGAACCAGGGCAAAUCGUCCAUAUACCUAACUCAAAAACGGUUAUCGGAGAACAAACAUCACCCUAAGCCGGAUGAUCUUCCCACGAACGUAGCCAGCAAUGACAAAGUCGCCCCGAACGAACAGACUUAUCCUGUUUUAAUCCGCGUGUCCAUGAAUAGCUCAGAUAAUCGGAAACUGGCCAGCGAGAAAGUGAAAUUGAGCACCGUUGUUGAGGUUGCGCAAUUGAAUCAGUUUUGGAGCGAGUAUAUCCAAGUUGUCAAGAAUGGGUUUGUGGGGUUGAAGAAGCGGGAGAAGAAGAAUAAGAAUAAAAAGAAUAAAAUCGCUAAAUAA